UUUUUUUUCCUCUUCUUUUGUAUAUUUAUUUUAUUUUACUUUAUUUCUUUUUUUUUAUACAUCACAAUAAUUUCAUAUAUAAUCAAACAUCAUAAUAUAGAUCUUUUUUAAAUAAAUAAUAAAAAAAAUGUCACAACAAGAUAUUCACCCUUUUCAAAAAGUGGAAAAUGAAGAAUACAACAAGUUAAUAAGAGAACUCAACAAACAAGUCAUGGAACAUCAACCAGAAGACCUUUUGCAGUUCUGUACCACCUUUUUCUUGAAAAAGCUAGAAGAAGAACGCGCUGAAUCACGUCAAUAUGAACAACAUCCACUUGCUCUCAAUAAUCAACCACAAAGCCUAGGACCAGAUUUUAAUCCUAGUUCACAUGUAGAUGAGGAUAUGCAUGAUGAAGAAAGAGACACAAUAUCAGAUGAAAUGCCUUCCUUAGCUAUUCCUCCUCCAAGUAGUAGAGGUCGUCGUACAUCUGUUAGUGCUGAAUCAAUGCAACCCUCUCACAAGCCAGAUGAUUUUAUCAAAAUUGUAAUUCCUAAAACGGAUGAACAACGUGCCCGUAUUCGUACUGCUAUCGGUAAUAACUUUUUGUUCAAAAAUCUCGAUGAAGAACAAUAUUUAGACGUUGUAAAUGCAAUGGCAGAAAAGCAAUUUAAAGAAGGAGCUCAUGUGAUUGAACAAGGUGCUGUAGGUGAUUAUUUCUAUAUUGUUGAAUCCGGUAGCCUUGAUUGUUUCAUUCAUGAUAAAAAAGUGACUUCUUAUGGUCCUGGUGGAAGCUUUGGUGAAUUAGCUUUGAUGUAUAACGCGCCACGUGCUGCUUCCAUUAUUGCUGUAUCUGAUUGUGUUUUAUAUGCUCUUGAUCGUGUUACAUUUCGUUCAAUCUUAAUGGAAAAUACAGCUCGUAAGAGACGUAUGUAUGAACGUUUCUUAGAAGAAGUACCUAUCUUUAAAUCACUUGAAGUUUAUGAACGACAUAAGAUUGCUGAUGCUUUAGAAUCUGUUCAAUUUCAAGAUAAGGAAGUUGUUAUUAAAGAAGGUGAUGCAGGUGAUAACUUUUAUUUGAUUGAAUCAGGGGAAGCCAUCUUUUAUAAACUUUUACCUGAUGGUACUCAACAAGAAGUUAUGAUUGAACUUGCACUCUUAAAUGAUGAACCUCGUGCAGCUACAGUUAUUGCUAAAGGAAAAUUGAAAUGUGCUACACUUGGUAAAAAAGCAUUUACAAGACUAUUAGGUCCUGUUAUGGAUAUUUUAAAGCGUAAUUCCGAAAACUAUCAUGCUGUACUUCGACAAGUCAAUCAGUAAUAAUUUGCUUUUUUUUUUUUUUUUUUCUUUUU